AUGGGUGGGACUCCUCAGGGUGGUGAAGGGAUUGAGAUGUCAGACAAGGGUGACAUUGAGACUCCUCGGGGUGGUGAAGGGAUUGGGAUGUCAGACAAGGGCACAGGCAGUAUGAAUAGAAGACUUUAUCCCUUACAUAACCACUUUAACACGGCACAAGCUUGCUGUCUACGAAAAUCAAUAAUACCUGAAAUGAGAAGGGUGGGUUUUUUAGCAGGACCGGCAUAUAUGAUCUCCGCGCUUAGCGUGCUAAUUAUAAUUUGCUACGGUGACGGGUUAUCUACCGGUACUGGUAGCAGAGACUCUCUUUCCUUGGGCGCAUCGCUUAUUGGAAAUCAGACUAUAACCUCGAAGAACGGCAUGUUUGAAUUGGGAAUUUUCAGCCCAAAUGGAAGCAAUAACUGGUAUCUCGGCAUCUGGUAUGCCAACAUACCAGAAAAGAUGGUCGUUUGGGUGGCUAAUAGGGAGAAUCCGGGGAAACACAGGCCUGGCGUUCUGAAACUCUCAAAAGGAGGUACUCUGGGACUGUUUGAUGCAGGAGGCAUGUCUCUUUGGUCUGCCAACGUAUCGUACAAGCGCUCGCGGGCUGUGCUAUUAGAUUCUGGUAACUUUUUGAUGCUUAGCGAUGACAAUAAAUCUGAGACUGUUUGGCAGAGCUUUGACUAUCCUGUGGAUACUAUGUUGCCCGGCAUGUGGUUCGGUGGACAGGAAAAGCUAGUCUGUUGGAAAAACUCUAUGGAUCCCGCACCUGGGCUUUUGUCCUUUCAUUUGGAUCCAUCUGGGGCUAAACAAUUCGUGCUAACUUGGAACAAUUCUGUCCAGUUUUGGGAGAGUGGAAAUUGGGACAACAAAACUUUCAGUGGAAUGCCAGAAAAUCCAAACCGAGACCGCUUCAAUGUCAGCUUUAAAAGUUCUAGUUCUGGUUUUUAUUUCAGUUACGAAUUGCAGACAGGGAUCCCAAGUUUAAUCAAAAUUAAUUCCGGAGGAAUACAAGAAUUUGCUUUGUAUGAUAACACUAAAUGGAUCAUGGUGGAGAUUCGCCCCAGAGAUCAAUGCGCUGCACAUGGUUUUUGUGGCCCUUACGGAAGCUGCAACUCCAACAAUCUUGAGUUCUGCAGCUGUGUGGAAGGCUUCAUCCCGGCAGACAAGCGCGCCAGGGAUUCGCAAGACUGGUCGUCAAGUGGCUGUGUUCCGCAGAGCCCGUUAAACUGCGUUACCAAAAAAGGUAGCACCGACGAAUUUAUCGAGGCUGGUGUAACGUUGCCUGAUGAUUCAGCUUCUUCAUACUCUGCACCCAACAAGGGAGACUGCCAGAAAGCCUGCCUCCGCAACUGCUCCUGCACUGCGUUUGCUUUCAAUUCUCCUUCCGGACGCUGCCAAAUCUGGUCUGGAGAUUUGCUAAACAUGAACAACUCUCCAUCAAAUAGAAGAGGGAACGUCUCCAUUCGAGUAGCUGCCUUCAAAGUUCCAAAGCAUAAAAAAUGGUCCUCCUCCCAACUGAAAACCAUAAUUAUAGUGAGUGCUCUUGCUCUUGCCGUUGCUUUGAGUAUCAUUUCAUUUUUAAUGUGGCAAAGGUGUCGACUUCGACCACCGAAGGAGACUUGUGCAGUUUCCUCAGAGUAUUUUCUUAGAAUGUUUAGUUACAUAGAGUUGAAGAUUGCAACAAGGAAUUUCAGGUCUAAGUUGGGGAGCGGAGGAUUCGGUUCAGUGUUCAAAGGAUGUCUAACAGACGGUACACUUGUAGCCGUAAAGAAAUUGAAUUCCAGUUCAAGACAACAUGAUAAGCAAUUCCGAGCGGAAAUCAGUUCUCUUGGUAGCAUACAACAUGCAAAUUUGAUCAGACUUCGAGGGUUUUGUGCAGAAGGAUCCAAACGCUUACUGGUUUAUGAUUACAUGCCUAAUGGCUCUCUAAAUUCCCUACUGUUCACUAAUAAUUCCAAAAGUAAACCGAAGGUACUCGACUGGAAGACCCGCUUCCAGAUCGCUUUAGGCACUGCGCGAGAUUUUGGGCUGGCAAAGCUUGUGGGUAGAGAUUUCAGCCGUGUAUUGACCACAACGAGAGGAACGAGAGGAAGUCCGGAUUUAAGUGUUCAAGAUUCAAGUCAGUAUUACUUUCCUGCAUGGGCUGCAGCUCAAAUUUACGAGGGGAAGAUGAUUAAUAUUGUGGACGAAAGAGUUGCAGCGGAGGCAGAUGUUGAAGAGGUGAGAAGAGCAGGCAUCGUAGGGUUGUUAUGCAUAGAAAGGGAGGAGGAGAGGAGGCCAAGCAUGGAGCAAGUGUUGGGGAUGCUGGAAGGGAAGAUGGAGCCUCAAACUCCACAAAUGCUGAGUUGUGCAGUCAGGGAAACACAAGCGUAUCGAAGCAACACUGAUAGCGAUAGCAACGACAGUGUUGGGGAUGCAUUCAUUUAUGACAAAGUCAAGUCCGAAGAAAAUUAG